AUGGAUGAGGGAGGUAUACGAGAACUACUGGAGCUUGAGUUAGCGAACCUCGAAACCAUGAACAUCGAGUAUGCUUGCGGAACCGCCAAGGCUGUCGACACGGAGAGAAGAGAAGAACUCAACGCCGGCAUACUCAAGUUUGCUAUUCUCGAUGGUUGCAGGCACGCGGAUGCAGUGCAGUCCAACGAGGUCGAAGGGACGGGGUCUCUGUGCAAGAUCCACGCACAAGACUCCGUCUACUUCUGCCAACCAACUCUUUCCCGCCUAAAACUCGCAAACUUGGACCUCUCGACAUUCAGAAAACAGCCCUCUGAGCCAUUUCCUAUGGAGGCUCUCCAACACCUGGAGAUUAACGACUGCCACAUCCACAUCGCAAGUCUUGGAAAGUUCUUAAAGCGAGCCACAUCACUCCUGAGCUUUCGCUUCCGCCAUCACCGUCGUCUAUCGUUCUGCAGGAGGUCUUUCGUUUCUCUACUAUCGGGAUGCAAAGAAACCCUCGAGACUCUUGAGCUAUCUUGGAGAUCGUCUCUUUCGCACUAUGAUUUCAGGGGUCCGAUGCUUUUCGAAGAGUUCACAGCUAUGAAGCAGCUUCUGGUCGACCCUCAAGCCCUCUUCGUGAACUACCUUGGGAGCACAAAUUUGCGCCCGAUGUUGAAGCAUGUUCUCGCGCCAAAUUUGGAGGUACUCAUGUUGGAAGGCGUUAGGGAACGCGCUCAUCAGCAUGACAGUGACCAGGAUCACCUUGGGCAAACAUCCACCAUUGGGCAACCAGUCGAGAAGUUACUCAGCGACAUCAUCAGGUUCAAGGGCAAGAUUCUGCCGCAUUUGCGUUAUGUACUUCUCUGCGACUGUUUGAGCAUUGAAGGUCUCGAACGAUUCUACGAGAUGGCGGACACGCAGAAUGUUCGUUUGGCAUUGUUGAACACGCACAUGGACCAGCCUGUGCCGAACCUUGAGUUGCUAGAUUCGAGUUGGGCUGAACAUGCUUCGGAUGCAGAGAGAGGGACAGACUAUCAGCAAGUUCGCUGCUAUGACGGAAGGGGGUGGGUUUGCCCAGAUGCAUCAUUCACCGUCGGCGAAACCCAAAGCGAGGAGAACUCAACAUAG